AUGGUCUACUAUUCAGCUCUUCAAGCUUUAGCAGUGUCUGUCUACAUCUUAAAUGUUGAAGCGACGCAACCAAAUGCAUCAAACAUCCCCUCUGAAGCAGUUUCUAUUCCACCACUUUCCUUUGCGGUGAUGGGCCAAAAUGCCACUUUCCGAGAAAACGGGUUCAAAACAACAUUUAACCCCACAAAUGGCACACCACCCUUUUUCCAGAUAUUCCACUCGGACUUUCUCGAUAUUCUCGGGCCCAAGGCCACUGUCCGUACGAUUGCAGUAAAUGACACCUUUGCCUCGGGAUUUGCGUUUGAGGCGCCGUUCUUCAAUGCUCCGACGAACGAAAUUUUCUUUGCGAGUAGUGUGUUUGUUCCGGAAAGUAGCUUCAACCACACCAAUCGCAUCAGCAAAAUCAACAUGACUUUGGUUGAAGAAGCGUUGGCGGAAGAUGUCGCGAAUAUCAAUAUUCCGUUUACAACUCUUUCUCUUCCUGACACAAUACAAAUCAUCAACGGCGCGACUGGGCCUUUCAAGGGAUCUUUUGUACUUGCAACACGAGGCCGAGGAAAUUUACCAUCGUCGCUUGUAUCGCUGAACCCAAACCCUCCUAAUAAUGCCACUGUGCUUCUCGAUAACUUUUUCGGCCGCCAAUUUAACUCCAUGAAUGACCUUAAGCUUCAUCCCAGUGGCAACAUCUUCUUUACAGACGACGAUUUGGGCUUUAUACUCGACCAGAAACCCCCUCCGUUGCUUCCAAGCCAAGUGUACAUGUUUGAUCCAGUGACGGGACUUGUGAGAAUGGUUGCAGACAACGUCGUCUUGCCAAACGGCAUCGCAUUCAGUCCAGAUGGCAAAACAGGCUACAUUGGCGAUUCCGCAGGAGUAACCAACCAGACUUUACCUUCGACAGUAUACGCUUAUGAUGUCGAUUCCAAAACGUUUCAGUUCAGCAACAGGCGCGUUUUCGCGUUCAUAGACUGCGGAGGGCCUGAUGGGAUACAGGUUGACUCGAAAGGCAACUUGUAUGUCGCAAGUGGAGAUGGAGUCCAAAUCUUCCGCAAAGACGGCGUUCUCCUCGGCAAGAUAUUCAUCGGAUCCGACGUUGCCAACAUGGCAUUUGCAGGAGACGGAAAGUUGAUAAUCUUAGGAAAUACCCGCAUUUUUCUGGCGCAAAUCAACGCAAAGAGCGGGCUGACGAUGAUAUAA